ACUCAAGGCACCGGGGGCCAGGACCAGGCUGAGGCGUCUGCAGCUGGGGGACAGCAGUCGGGGACAGAGGACGCCAAGGAAAAGUGCGAGCAGAAGCUUGAGGGUGAGCAAAAGAGCCCCACUCGCGGCUUUUACGCAGGCAGGGGACUCCAUUUAUUCCUUCCGGGCGGGCCGGUUAAGUGCUACGUCAGCUUUAGGUGACCAGACGACGCUACUACCCCUUAAGUCGACUAGCGUCCUCAGCACCUGUCUAGGGCUCCAGGAGAGGCCGCGGUCAUGGUGAAUGAAGAGCCUAACCAGCAAGAGCGUGAUGGCACCUCUUCGCAGACUUCCGCCCUCGGGGAGAUCCCCAGCCUCUCGGCCCAUCCCAGCGUCUCAGCCCAUCCAAGCGUCUCCAUCCACCCUAGUGUCUCUGCGCACCCCAGUAGUUCGGCCCACCCCAGUACCUUGGCUCAACCCAGUGGUUCGGCCCACCCCAGUAGCUCGGGCCCUGAGGACCUUAGCGUGAUCAAGGUGAGCAAGCGCCGAUGGGCUGUGGUCCUGGUGUUUAGCUGCUACUCCAUGUGCAACGCCUUCCAGUGGAUCCAGUACGGCUCCAUCAAUAACAUCUUCAUGAACUUCUACGGGGUCAGUGCCUUUGCCAUUGACUGGCUGUCCAUGUGCUACAUGCUGACCUACAUUCCUCUGCUCCUGCCGGUGGCCUGGCUCCUGGAGAAGUUCGGCCUGCGCACCAUCGCCCUCACCGGCUCCGCUCUCAACUGCCUGGGGGCCUGGGUGAAGCUGGGCAGCCUGAAGCCGCAUCUCUUCCCAGUCACCGUGCUGGGCCAGGUCAUCUGCUCCGUGGCCCAGGUCUUCAUCCUGGGCAUGCCCUCCCGCAUUGCUUCUGUCUGGUUCGGGUCUAAUGAGGUGUCAACCGCCUGCUCCGUAGCUGUCUUUGGCAAUCAGCUUGGAAUUGCCAUUGGGUUCUUGGUCCCUCCUGUCUUGGUACCCAACAUCAAAGACAAGGACAAGCUUGCCUACCACAUCAGCAUCAUGUUCUACAUAAUAGCAGGUGUGGCCACUCUGCUUUUCAUCCUUGUCAUCAUCGUAUUCAAGGAGAAGCCUAAACAUCCCCCCAGCAGGGCCCAGUCCCUGAGCUAUGCCUUGGCGUCCCCUGAUGCUUCAUACUUAAGUUCCAUCGUCCGACUCUUCAAAAACCUCAACUUUGUGCUGCUUAUCAUCACCUAUGGUCUGAAUGCUGGUGCGUUUUAUGCCUUGUCCACUCUGCUGAAUCGCAUGGUGAUCUUGCACUACCCGGGCGAAGAAGUGAAUGCUGGAAGAAUCGGCCUGACCAUCGUCAUUGCGGGAAUGCUUGGGGCUAUGAUCUCAGGCAUCUGGCUGGAUAGGACCAAAACCUACAAGGAGACAACUUUGGUGGUCUAUAUCAUGACUCUGGUGGGCAUGGUGGUUUACACAUUGACCUUGAACCUGGGACACCUGUGGGUAGUGUUCAUCACGGCUGGUGCAAUGGGCUUCUUUAUGACUGGCUACCUCCCGCUGGGAUUUGAGUUUGCUGUGGAGCUGACUUACCCAGAAUCAGAAGGCAUGUCGUCUGGCCUCCUCAACGUGUCUUCCCAGGUAUUCGGGAUCAUCUUCACCAUCUCCCAGGGCCAGAUUAUCGACAACUAUGGAACCAGGCAUGGGAACAUCUUCCUGUGUGUGUUCCUCACCCUUGGAGCAGUCCUUACUGCAUUCAUUCGGGCAGAUCUCCGGAGGCAGAAAGCAAACAAAGAAACUCCUGAGAAUAAACCCCCGGAGGAGGAGGAGGAGGAGGAGGAGGAGGAGAGCAAAGCCAGCAAAGCCCCCACUAGUGUAUUGGAGGAGCAUCUCUGAGAGAGAAAGGUGGUGGGACUCAGGGAACACGGACCACGCCCACCUCUUCAGCCGGCACAGCUCUCCUUGCCAGCACCGCGGGCUUCACCGGAGCAGCUUUUGGAGGGAACCAGGGGGCAUAGCUGUGGCUUGGACGGCAGUGCCUCCGCCUGGAACCCACCGCAGAGCUGGUGUCGCCUGCCUGGGGGAGACUGCGCUUUUCACCUCGUGCCGAUCGGUUCCCCGCCCCUCCCCCACGUAGGUCUGGGAGCUGGUGGGCGGGGGCAGAGAGAAUCCUGGAAUCAGUCCUGGCCGGCUGCCUUGCCUUCCCUCCACCCCGUCCCUCGGGAGACAGCCUGCAAAUUAUCACGGAAAGAAGGCUUAUUCCGGAGGUUAACUUUUCCUAGUGUCUUCAGACCCUUAGGAGCCCAAUUCUAAGGAGCAGCAGCUGCUCUGGACGAGGGUCAUUCUUGGGCCACCAGACUGACCGCUAACGUUCUGUGGGAGAGAAAACACCAUCAGGACCAACCCCUCAGGACUCUGGGACCAGGUUCUCCCAGCUCAUGUUAGCGUCUGUCUCCAAACCCUCUUUCCCAAGAGUUGAUCAAACCAAACAUCAGUAAACUUGACAAAAACUUUGCUGUGGCUGUGAAAGGAGAAGCCGAUUUCAGAGAGCUGACCUUCUCAGGAUGUGAGGGUGCUUACGAAUUUGGGGACUCUGGUCCCUAAACGAUUUGGGAAUGGAAAGGUUCUUUUCUACAAAAGACGUCCUGGCCUAGGGCCUUGUGUGUGUGUGUCACUGUCACCUCUGCUACUGUCAUCUGGAUGCUGCCCACGUGUUCUCCAGAGGGAGGGCAAGCCCAGCCAACUAACUGCCUGUACGCUUUAGUGAAAACCCACCUGGAUACCUUCCCCCCUGCGAACUCCAAAACGCUUCUGAGAGAUCAAAGGGGCAGAAGGUGGCCACUGAACGGGACUCAGGUCUGCUGGGUUAGUUAGAUAAGUGCAUUCCAUCUCUGAUGGGGACAGUAUUUGCCUCCCCAUCUCUCCCCUCACCCCCUUCUUUAAUAGCAAUAAUUUUUUCUCAGAUGUUCUGAAUUUAAAGAUUCCCCUUCAACCAGCCCUAGCUGACCUCUCCUGCUUUGCCUGCUGUCUGGCUCUACUCAUGGGCUUGGGUAGUAUUUCCAAAAAUAAGACGUUUGGGUCAUUUCUCCUGUACGUUGAGUUCCGUGAUCGUGACCUCUAUGCUGCCCCGGCCUCAGCAUAUUGGAGCAGCCUGUGUGGCAGCGGUGCUGGGGUGCUUGAGCCACUGCCCGAGGGGAGCCAGGGGUGUGUGUGUGUGUGUGUGUGUGUGUGUGUGUGUG